CCCAGUGCCACCGUGGUGGACGCCUUGACGGCUGCUCCACGCAGCUCAAGGAUAUCUCAGUGCUGAGGGGGAGGCACGAACCUGGUCCGGGCAUAGACAGUUCCAAAAUGGGCAGGACGGCCCCGGGGUGUUCGGUGCGAUGACCGUCUCAUCUACUCCACCUGGGUGCUGCUGUCCUGGCUGUGUUCAGACUGGGGCACCCACCAACCUACAUAUUUAUAAUGUGUGCACAUUCAUGUGUGACAGGCUUCAAAACAAAAGGGGGCAGAGAGCUUUGUAAGUUGUGCAGAUGGAAGCAGUGAUUGAUACCAUAAGUGGCUAGUAAUUGUGCUCACACAUGUGGGCCCCUCGGAGGCCAUCUGGCAGCUAGGAGCGUGGGCGAGAAGGGACCCCGCCCGGCAGGCGCAUCACAGAUACGCUCAAAACAGACCUGCCUCAGGCUCCCCACCACCACCAGCCACUCGCCACCUGUCGAUGGAGGAACGACACACACACACACACACCUGGGCCUUCAGAAGAGGGCACGGUCCUCUGAGCGAGUGCUGGGUGCAGGGGAAUGGGGCCAUUGGGUCCGUGGGGCACUGCUGACCCAGCUCCCGCAGUGACAGAGACAGGCUGUCUGGAAGGUGGUUCCUGGCACAAAGGAAAUGGGGCUGGCACUUCUGUCCCUGCCCCUCCACCCGGGUGACAAAGAGCGAGGCUCCUGCAGCCCAGGUGACCUGGGUGCCCCCCGGCAGCACUCAGCAAAAGGACUGGGAGUCCUUGGGACAGGGGCUGCCCUCGGAGAACAUCUAACAUGGGGUGGGGGGUUAGGCGUUAGGGCUGGGGAUGGACAGUCAACAGCCAAUGAGCAUUCCCAAGGCAGAGCAGCAUCAGAUAGGCGUGGAGGGGCAGCAGGAGGGCUUCCUGGAGGAGGGCUGGGAGUCUCGGGCAGGUUCAAAGGAUGCCCCACAUGCACAGAUGCCUGCAGCAGAGGCCAGACUGGGAGCACUGGCUGGCUGAGCACAGGUGAGGCCAACCAGGCUGCAGUGGCUUUGAGCGGGAAGCGGAGAUGUCCCCCCAGGAGUCUGGGGGCCCUGGAUGCCAGGACAGCCCCAGGUGCCAUUUGCUCCACCUAGCGGCAGGCCAGGGUGCAUUCCCAGGCACACGCCCAUCAUGUGGCUGCCCUCAGGAGGAGGGGCUCCAGGGACGACUUUAAAGAAGUGAAGAAAGGCUCCAUUCUUCCAGACCUCAGCACACUCCUGACCUGGGGAGGCAGGAGGCAGACCCAUGAGGACUGCAGUGACCGCACCUCCAGGGAACAGGUGGACUGAGGGCAGAGGGUUGGUGCUGCAGAGCUUGGGGUCCUGGCUGGGAAGCGACCAGACUGGUAGAAAGGCUGGGGUCUCUCCCGCUGGGCCAUCCCUGGGCUGACAUUUGUCCAGCCAGGGAGAGGGUGAAUGUGAGGGUGGCACCAUGAGCUGAGGGGAACAUCUGCGGAUGGAGGACCCCCUCCUGCUUGCUGGAGGGACUAUGCCCAUGCAGGGGCCCCAGAGGCUGCUGGAUGUCCUCAACUCCACCCCCUCAACCACCUCCCACCUCGGGCUGGCCACCAACCGGACAGGCCCCCAUUGCCUGGAGGUGUACAUUCCCGACGGGCUCUUCCUCAGCCUGGGGCUGGUGGGGCUGGUGGAGAAUGUGCUGGUGGUGACCGCUAUCGCCAGGAACCGCAACCUGCACUCGCCCAUGUACUUCCUCAUCUGCUGUCUGGCUGCAUCCGACCUGCUGGUGAGUGUGAGCAACGUGCUGGAGACGGCCGUCACGCAGCUGCUGGAGGCUGGCACCCUGGCUGCCCGGGCCGCCGUCGUGCAGCAGCUGGACGUGGUCAUCGACGUGCUUGUCUGUGGCUCUAUGGUGUCCAGCCUCUGCUUCCUGGGCGCCAUCGCUGUGGACCGCUACAUCUCCAUCUUCUACGCGCUGCGGUACCACAGUAUUGUGACGCGGCCGCGGGUGUGGCGGGCCAUCGCGGCCAUCUGGGUGGCCAGCGCCAUCUCCAGCAGCCUCUUCAUCACCUACUAUGCCCACACGGCUGUCCUGCUCUGUCUCGUCAGCUUCUUCGUAGCCAUGCUGGUGCUCAUGGCGGUGCUGUACGUCCACAUGCUCACCAGGGCGUGCCAGCAUGCCCGUGGCAUCGCCCAGCUGCACAAGACACGGCACCCCACCCACCAGGGCUCCGGCCUCAAGGGCGCUGCCACCCUCACCCUCCUGCUGGGCAUCUUCUUCCUCUGCUGGGGCCCCUUCUUCCUGCAUCUCUCACUCACCGUCCUCUGUCCUCAGCACCCCACCUGCACCUGCAUCUUCAAGAACUCCCACCUCUUCCUGGUCCUCAUCGUGUGCAACGCCAUUGCUGACCCCCUCGUCUACGCCUUCCGCAGCCAGGAGCUCCGGAAGACACUCCGAGAGGUGCUGCUGUGCUGCUGGUGUGGGGGUCCAGGGAGCAGCGGCUACCCUGCACCCAUCACCACCAUGGUGACAGGCUCCAACACGGCCCAGCCCGCCCUCAGCUGCAGCAGAUGGCGUGGCGGGCGGGGCCCAGCCUAUAAGAGCGGGUGGCGGGGGCGGCAGACCCUCCGCAGCCAGCCCGGCAGUCCGCGCGCGUUCCGCAGCCGCCCGCCACACGCACCGAGCAUGAGGGAGAUCGUGCACAUCCAAGCCGGCCAGUGCGGCAACCAGAUCGGGGCCAAGUUCUGGGAGGUGAUCAGCGAUGAGCACGGGAUAGACCCCAGUGGAAACUAUGUCGGAGACUCAGACCUGCAGCUGGAGCGUAUCAGUGUCUACUACAACGAGGCCUCUUCUCACAAGUAUGUGCCUCGGGCCAUCCUGGUGGACCUGGAGCCCGGAACAAUGGACAGCGUCCGGUCUGGGGCCUUUGGGCACCUCUUCAGGCCUGACAACUUCAUCUUUGGCCAGAGCGGUGCUGGGAACAACUGGGCCAAGGGCCACUACACGGAGGGUGCCGAGCUGGUCGACUCGGUCCUGGACGUGGUGCGGAAGGAGUGUGAGAACUGCGACUGCCUGCAGGGCUUCCAGCUGACCCACUCGCUGGGCGGGGGCACAGGGUCCGGGAUGGGCACGCUGCUCAUCAGCAAGGUGCGUGAGGAGUACCCCGACCGGAUCAUGAACACCUUCAGCGUGGUGCCCUCGCCCAAGGUGUCGGACACCGUGGUGGAGCCCUACAACGCCACGCUGUCCAUCCACCAGCUGGUGGAGAACACGGACGAGACCUACUGCAUCGACAACGAGGCCCUCUACGACAUCUGCUUCCGCACCCUCAAGCUAGCCACACCCACCUAUGGGGACCUGAACCACCUGGUGUCGGCCACCAUGAGUGGGGUCACCACUUCCCUGCGCUUCCCAGGCCAGCUGAAUGCUGACCUGCGCAAGCUGGCGGUCAACAUGGUGCCCUUCCCCCGCCUGCACUUCUUCAUGCCGGGCUUUGCCCCGUUGACUGCCCGGGGCAGCCAGCAGUACCGCGCCCUGACAGUGCCCGAGCUCACCCAGCAGAUGUUCGAUGCCAAGAACAUGAUGGCUGCCUGCGACCCCCGCCACGGCCGCUACCUGACCGUGGCCACUGUCUUCCGGGGCCGCAUGUCCAUGAAGGAGGUGGACGAGCAGAUGCUGGCCAUCCAGAGCAAGAACAGCAGCUACUUCGUGGAGUGGAUCCCCAACAACGUGAAGGUGGCCGUGUGCGACAUCCCGCCCCGUGGGCUCAAGAUGUCCUCCACCUUCAUCGGCAACAGCACAGCCAUCCAGGAGCUGUUCAAGCGCAUCUCGGAGCAGUUCACAGCCAUGUUCCGGCGCAAGGCUUUCCUGCACUGGUACACGGGCGAGGGCAUGGACGAGAUGGAGUUCACCGAGGCUGAGAGCAACAUGAACGACCUGGUGUCUGAGUACCAGCAGUACCAGGACGCCACGGCCGAGGAGGAGGGUGAGAUGUACGAAGAUGAUGAGGAGGAAUCCGAGGCCCAGGGCCCCAAGUGAAGCAGCGGUCGGGGGUCAGGCCAUGGCCAGGGCCAAGAGGUCUGUCCGCCAGAGCUACUGACGCCACCCCAGCCUCACCCCAGCAGCUCCCAUCACGUCACCCUACGGCUCCCGAGUGUGUGUCCUUCAGUAUUUACAGCAUCCCCACCCCACCUGAGUCUAUUCAGCUCUGUCUUCCCGCCAUAGGUCAUUUUCAUUUUUGUGUCACUCAUUUGUCUCUGCUUUAUUGUCAGCUCCAGGUCUUAUGUUUUAUGGUUUGUUUGGGUUUUUUUACUGGUUUGUGUUCAUAUUUUGGGGAGAUACUUAAUAAAUUUAUUGCUGUCAGAUACCCCUG